AUGACAACGACCUCUCCUCGCAGAAUCCCCCGUAGACGAGAUUCUUCGAGACAAGCUGCCUUCACAUUUCUCACAAAUAUCAGCCUUGGAACUGAAUCAUACCCACCAAGUAAUCCUCGGGCAACGGCUGUUCCCAGCCACUCUGUUACCAGCCCUUCUCAACCAUCAGACGUUUCGUUAAAAUCAGCUAGUAUUGAGAAGCAGCAACAACCAGUCAAUAAUGAUCAUGAAGUUCUUGGUAACGAUAAGCCAAGUUUGCAAUCCAACACAAAGAGAUCAACAACUAUCUCCAAACAACCUAAGAAGACGGGAGGAAACCAUGUUCUUUCCCAAAAUUCAAAAACUACCGAUAACGAUAAAAUACUCGACGAGACCUCCAUAGAAACUUACGACGAAGAACAUAAUUUAAAUAAGACUCGUGGAAGAAGUAAUAGUCUUCGCGAAGAAGCGACAAACUUCUUGACGAACAUCAGCCUUGAUCCCAAAAAAUCGAAGCCAUAUCACCCUUCAAGAGAAGGAAAAGCUGUCCUAGAAACUGGUGAUGGUUCGAUUAUUGAAGUGGACAUGAAUCAAGUAGAUGAUAUUAUUAAUGAUUUAGAAUGUAAUAAUAAUUAUCGCAGGAGUUCAGAAUCCACCUAUAAAUCCGAUUCGAGCUCAUCUUCUGCCAAUUCUAUCCCUGAAAAAUCUGCUUCUCGUAAACCUCAGCGUCGCCAUCCAUCUCCAAAUUCAAAUGAUAAUAUUUUAAAUAGUUCUAAUGACUUAAAUCGUAAACAAAAUAAUGCUAAUUCUUUGCCUUCAGGAUUUCUUUCUAUGCUGGGAUAUGAUAAGAAAUUUAAGCAAAAAAAUCGUCGAGAUUUAAUGAAGCAAACUGCUGAUUUGGAGACUAUAAAACGACGAAAAGCGGAGUCUUUUGCACAUCUUUUAGUACCGAGCAACUCAUUAGGUCUAAAGAAUGAUGGAGAUUAUAAUCCAACUUACCUUGACAAUCCAAACCUAAAUACAGAAAAGCAACCAGCUAAUGAGGUUAAAGAAGUAAAACCAACUAAACAUCGAAAUGUUCUAAGCUUGUCGGGUAUUAUGGGUUCGUUUAUGCAUCAUAAUAACCGUCCAUCUGAUUUGAAGCGAGAAUCAAAUGCACGGUUUCGCAUUUCGCAUCCAGAUGUUGAUCCAACUUUAACGUUAAGUCAAAUUAGAAAAGUGAAACUUAAAUUGUUAACAGCGGCAACAUAUGAAGAUUUGGAUUUAGAGCUUUCGACAGUUGCAAAAGCUUAUGCCUACUUUGAGAAACUAAUACUAAAGAGAGUGGUUAAUAAGGCUAAUCGUAGAUUAUACGGAUCCAUAUGUUUAUUACUUGCAAGUAAAGUGAACGAACCUAUGGGAAAGUCAUAUUUACCAAUAUUAGAGUCACUACAUAAACACUUAGAUGUGACAAUAAAGGACAUAACAGAUAAUGAAUUUUCUGUUUUUGCACAUUUAGACUUCGAACUUUAUUUACCUAUGCAGGAAUUCAUGCCUCAUUUCGAACGGCUAUUCCAAAUAAUCGAUUAUAAUAAAGAAGAAUAUUUAGGGAGAAAUCCAUUUUACGAAUUUAACCUUAUAGGGUGA